AUGCUCUCAAGCGUAGAUCUGCUGCUUGCUUUUGUCAUUCUGGGACCUAUCUUGUGGGAGGGUGCAGCUUGGUUGGCACGCAGGCGUGCCGCGACCCCCGGAGAGUUGCGUCGCUUCCAACCAGCUGCGUAUACCUUCAGCGCAUCUGCCGAGAUUGCGCCCGACAAGACCACUCAUCUGCACUUCGCGCCGCCGUCAACCCCGAACCGCAACACCCAUGCCAUAACCAGCAUCACGCGCGACUUCGGAGGGAAUGAAGUAUCAAGUGGGAUACGCCCUACGCUACGCCCGAUUAAGACAGAGCCCUCGUUUACCUACAGCAGAAGCGCGCACGAGGAUAUACACGGGGUUGAUGUCGCCUCGGACCACGGAGUCAAGCUCCCGUUCCGCGAUAGUCGUAUCUGUGUCAAGGGGAAAACGCCCGCUCUAGACAUCAUCGUUAACUGGUGGGAGUCAAAGUCGCCGUUCAAGAUCCUCGCCCCACCCGACCUAAGCGAGAGCAACGAUGUUCUGGAGCUCGGAGACGUGUACGUACACCGAGCACCCGGUCACGAGCAGCUCUGGGUUCGGAUUCCGGCGGAGGGUUCGGACGGGGGCUGGAAGCCCGUCACUCAAGGCCACAUCCGAGGCGAUGGGAGGGUGCUCACUCUGAUGGAGGGGAGGAAGUUGCCUUCAUGGCUCGAACGAAGCUGGUUCAUGAAAAGGCUCCACCAAAAUCGUGUGUAA